GGCUCGGCUUUCGGAAGAGACCGCGCGCUCGCGACUUAUACACGCGAAGCGCCCCGAACCCUCCGCCGUCCCCUUGAAGCUCGAGCGGCAACCGCUCCUUUUCCCGCCAAAAGCGCUGGGCCUUGGCUGGAGGUGUGGUGGGGGGGGGGACGGGACUACCGAACAGGCCAGGACUACAUUAUCCAGGCUGCAGUGUGCUCGCGUUCACGUGACCCUCCCGGCUUGCUUGGUGGGUCCUUCCUUCCCACCAGAUGGGAAAAUGGCAGGACUGAGCCCUGGGGAUCGCUGGGCCGAAGCAUUAAUUGAUGAGCUGAGAAGAAAUCCAUGUCCAUUGGAGGAAGUAAGAAACAAUUUUGAUUGCUGUGGCUGUAGUGACUGCAUGAGAAUGAAAAAGGACCGUAUGUGUGACAGUGGAAGAAGCCAGUCAACAUUUGGAGAAGGCAGCAUGACAUACACCAAGGAACAGUUACUUGGAGUUCAAAGAAUAAAGGAGAGUAAGAAUUACUAUGAAAUUCUAGGCGUAGAAAGAGAUGCGAAAGAUGAAGAACUAAAGAAAGCUUACCGGAAACUUGCCCUUAAAUUUCAUCCUGACAAGAAUUGUGCUCCAGGAGCAACGGAUGCAUUCAAAGCAAUAGGCACAGCUUUUGCCGUUCUGAGCAACCCUGAAAAGAGAUUACAGUAUGAUCAGUUUGGAGAAAAGGAAGAUACUUUUUAUACCAACGUGCCCAACCACUAUAACUAUUACAGAGAAUUUGAAGCAGAUAUAACACCGGAGGAAAUAUUUAAUAUGUUUUUUGGAGGGAAUUUUCCAACAGGAAAUAUACAUAUGUUUUCCAAUUCUUCAAUGGAGCCCCCAUGUUAUCCACAGCGGAACAGACAUGAAAGGACAUGGGACCAGGAUGAACAGGAAGAAGAAAUUAGACCACAGAAUACCUACUCAGCAUUUAUCCAGUUACUGCCAGUCUUUAUUAUAAUACUUGUAUCAGUAGUAACUCAGCUGAUGGCUACUAAUCCACCCUACAGCCUCUUCUUUAAAUCGUCUCUAGGGCACACUGUUGUUAGAGAAACACAAAACCUGCAGGUGCCUUAUUACGUGGAUAAACACUUUGAAAAUAAUUAUCAUGGAGAAGAACUUGAAGAACUUGAAAAACAUAUUGAGAAAGAUUAUAUCGACUACGUCCAAACUAGUUGCAGGAAAGAAAAACAACAAAAAUCAGAGUUAUCUAAUUUGGCCAAGCUAUAUCGAGAUGAGCGACUGAAACAGAAAGCUGAAUCCAUAAAACUUGAGAACUGUGAAAAGCUGUCCAACCUCAUAGGGAUUCAGAGGAGUCACCAAUUGGCUGAGGUGUGAGAGAACAACGCUGUUCUGUUGGCAGGAAUUAGACUCUCUGUUAUAAUGAAGAGGAAAGGCGUAACGAGAGAAAAGCAUCCCAUACAAACCACGCACGGAAUCAUUAUGUUCAUGGAAACUGUAUAUGGACUGAGACAUAAAGGCAGCCCUUACUGUAGUGUAUACAGUACAUUUCGUUUCAAGAGUUAUUUCAGUGUUAGUGAUUCUUCAUUUGCCUUCAUUUUGUUAUAGUCUUCAUGUUGAUACUUUGCUGCUGUUUAAGUGCCAAUUGGGUACUUUACAGGGUUAUAGCCAUCAUGCUUACUGAGCCUAUGGUUUGUCAACUUUUAUCUUGCAAGACAUCAUAGUUAGAAGAGGAAAAGAUGGCAUUAGUCUUUCAUGUAUGUAUGUAGGUGUAUAUAGAUACAUACAGAGGCAGUGCGGAUAGAUUCAUGCACAGACAUAUAUGCUGUACAAAACACGUGCAGUUCAGUUUCAAGAGAACUUCACAGAGCAGUGUCUUAAGGAUAUAUACUGUGUUACGUUGCAAUACAUAAAGCACUUGGAAAAGCUGAAGUGCUGCCUGAAGAUUCAUCAUCUAAAAACAAUAUGAAAAAACAGGGAGACAAGACAAAGCAGGAACUGGAGCAUUAACCGCUUUUCUAGCCAAUGGAUGAGGAUGGAUUAGUAUUCCGGUUGCAAAAUGAGACUUGUACGCAAAGAAAGAAAACAGCCUUAGGUCUCUAGAGCAUGCUAUAAAAAUGUAUUCUGAGAGAAGCCAAACCAGGUGUCCUCACAGAUGUCAGAAUGUGUGCUAAGUUCCAACUUUUGGCCUAGAGGAAAGUUCUAGGCAGGCCAAGGGAACUUAUUUCCAUGUAAGUAAUAGAGCAUUGGGAUCUAGGUUACAUUUCUGCAAGCCUAAGCUUUGCUAUCAAUGCAACUUAGGCUGGUUCCUUCCAGGUGAGUUGAGAUAUCAUCUGAUCCCUAAACUGAAUGUGUGUGGAGGUGCCAUCGAAGGAAUAUGUUAUCAUAGUAAAGUGCUGGCAUCCUGUGUGUUGAAUGUUUUGUUUGGAGGGGGCAUGCUAAAAUCCAGUGCACAAAUGUUGGUAAAUUCAUUUGCAAAGAUCUUUUCACUUACGACAUAAGCAAAAUGGUUAUAACUAGAACUACAGGAGAGGGUUCCAGCUGAAGCCUUAUUGUUCUCUCAAUAUUGCCUGAUUACAAAGCCUAGAGAUAAAAUCCAUGUCUUUUUAGGGUCUGUUGGCAGGAAGCAUUUGGCAUAACUUUAUUCUACCAAUAUUAAUGGGUAGCCUUAUCUGUUGGGCUGUGAUAGCAUAGCAGCUGUAGGGUUUGCUUUUUGUUCCUCUUGUAAAACUUAUGAACAGAGUCAAAAAUAAUUCCCAACCAAAAGAAAAUAUACAAUACAGGAAGUUCUCAACUUACAACAACCAAGCCCAAAAUUUAUGUUGCUAAGUGAGACAUUUGUUAGAUGAAUU